AUGUCUCAGAGGAAUGGCAAAAUCCCUUUUAAAUUCUUCAAUGUUUGGGCCGAUCACAGUGUGUUUGGAGCUACUGUUGCAAGAGUCUGGAGCCACAAGCUAGCUGAGGAUCCAAUGAAAAAUAUCUGGCUAAAGCUAAAAAAACUUAGACCUGUGCUCAAGAAAAUCAAUGCUGAGGAAUUCAAAGGGAUCUCUCAUCAAAUAGAGAAUACCAGAAAGGAACUUAGGAUGAUUCAAGAGAAGUUGACAAAGCGGUAUUCAGAUGACCUAUUGGAGGUGGAAAAAAAUACUAUACUGAAGCUUGAGAAGUGGUCUUUAAUUGAAAAGAGUGUCAUGAAACAGAAGUCCAGAGUUAAAUGGAUACAACUUGGGGAUUCUAAUACAAAGUAUAUCUCGGCUGUCCUAAAGGAAAGAAGCCAAAGAAAACAGAUUGUGGAACUCAACUCCAUUGCGGGCAACAAACUAACAGAUACUACUGAGAUAAAGGAAGAGAUUAUUAAUUUCUAUAAAGGAUUAAUGGGCACCACAGCACAGACGCUGCCUGCUAUCAACAAGCAGGUCAUGAAGACUGGCCCUGUGCUAUCUCAUGCUCAACAGAUAUUUCUUUGUAAAGAGGUUACUGACAAGGAGAUUUACGAGUGCUUAUCUUCCAUAGGUGAUGAUAAAUCCCCUGGGGUAGAUGGAUAUAAUGCGUAUUUCUUCAAAAAGUCAUGGAAUAUAGUCAGAACAUAUCUUUGUGAGGCAGUCAAGAACUUUUUUGCUACAGGGAGACUACACAGGAGCAUAAAUUGCACAGCCAUUACCCUUAUCCCUAAGACAGCAUGUCCAAAUUCAGGAAAGAUUUUCGACCUAUUGCAUGUUUUAGUGUGCUUUAUAAUGUAUUGCAAAGAUCCUAGCAGCAAGGAUUCAAUAGAUCAUAGGGGACAUUAUUUGUGA